AUGUCUGCUGCCAGCUGUCUGCUGACUGAAGAUCAGUUUCUGUGCUCCAUCUGUCUGGAUUGUCAGUGUCCCAACUGCAAAGAGGAUUUCGACAGAAGACCUGAACUACGCGUCAACACUUUCAUCUCUGAGAUGGCUGCUCAGUUCAGACAGUCAGCUCAACAGGAAGCCAGCAGCAGCAGCUCAGAGCAACAAGUUGUCAAACCAGGAGAAGCUCCCUGUGACGUCUGCACUGGAACCAGACUGAAGGCCCUGAAGUCCUGCCUGAAAGGCUUAAAAAGACAUCAGCUGAUCGACCCUGUGGAGAACCUGGAAGGAAGGAUGUGUGUGAAGCACGAUAAACUGCUGGAGCUGUUCUGUAAGACCGACCAGGUGUGUGUCUGCAUGCUCUGCACCUAUUCAGACCACAAGACACAUGAUGUUGUUCCUCUGAAAGAAGGAUAUGAAGGAAAGAAGGCUGAGCUGGGGAAGACAGAGGCUGACAUUCAGCAGAUGAUCCAGAAGAGACGACUGAAGAUUCAGGAGACGAAACGCUCAGUGGAGCUCAGUAAGGAAGGAGCAGACAGAGAGAUAGCAGAUGGUGUUCAGGUCUUCACCGCUCUGAAGGAGUUGAUUGAGAAAAGCCAGGCCGAGCUCAUCGACAUGGUCAAAAGGGACCAAAGACUUUCAGAGGAACAUGUUGAAGGCUUCAUCAAAGACUUCACGUCCCUGAACGCUGCUCUAUUCACUCAUGACUCAACAGACGGCGAUGUGUUCCUAGAUAACUAUGAGUAUGAAGUUAGGACCGCUGUGGAUAAACUGUUUGCUGAGUUUGGGCUGAUGAGGGUCCAGCGUUAUGAGGUGGAUGUGACUCUUGAUCCUGAUACAGCACAUCCCGGACUCAUCCUGUCUGAUGAUGGAAAACAAGUUAAACUUGGUAAUGUCAGGAAGAAUGUACGAGACGAUCCAGAGAGAUUUAAUAAAUGUGCUAAUGUCUUGGCAAAGCAGAGUUUCUCUUCAGGAAGGUUUUACUACGAGGUUCAGGUUAAAGGAAAUACUGACUGGACUCUAGGAGUGGUCGGAGAGUCGAUCGACAGGAAGGGAGACCUCACAGUGAGCCCUGAGAAUGGUUUUUGGAUGCUCUGA